UCGGUAAUGCACACGUCAAGCAGUGUAGACGGUUUGGCCACGAUCGCUAGUAGUUGACCCAGUCUCUAUCUGAUCACAAAUCUAGCACCUGCUAUAGUUGCAAAGUAUUAAAAUAUAGCUGACUGAAGUGAUAAUUGUAACAUACUUUAACAGCAAAACAGUGAUAACCUUAUUUUUAUAUCUAGCGAAAUUUUGCUGUGAGUGUAUAUUUUGAAAAUGGAAGGUAUAAAUAUGAUGCUCUUUACGACAUUAUUGAUUUUUGGGACAGUGAGAUGUGCAUUUAGAAACUUUGAAACGCUUAAAAUAUCUGUUAACAUCGGUGUGAUAUUACCACAAAAUACUGUAACUGAAGUUGCCUUCGCUUCUGCACUCGCAAGGGCGUCAAUGGAGAGUGAACACUAUAAUUUUGCUAUGAAAAUUGUAUAUGUUCCAUAUGGAGAUAGUUUCGCAGCUUCAAAAGCUGCAUGCGAGCUGCUGGCGAUCGGUGUGAUAGCAAUAUACGGACCAAUAGAUAGUGUUUCAACUUCGGCUGUAGAAGCGCGAUGUCGGGCUGCGAGAGUGCCACAUAUUCAAGCGGUGUGGCGACCACCUUACGUUCGUGGACUAGAGCGUCCGUCGCCUCCUGGUAUAAACUUGUAUCCAGAAGCAGUCGCUCUAUCAAAGGCUGUUGCCUUGUUUAUAAAAGACAACGAUUGGGACAGAUAUACGCUGCUCUAUGAUGAUGAUCAUGGACUCAUAAGGUUACAAGAAAUCUUGAAACACGCUGAUCCCAGUCACAAAUGGGUGGCGCGUAGAUUGAAGCGCGGUGAAGAUAAUCGUCAGUUGCUUAAAGCAUUGAAGGCGUAUGGUGAAUCCAGAGUGAUCAUAGAUUGUCCAUCGGAAAGAGUCCUUCAUUACUUGCGACAAGCUUUUGAAGUUAAAUUUUUUGAGGAUUAUAUGAGCUACGUUCUCAUAUCUUUGGAUGCGCAUACUUUGGAUCUGCAAGAGCUUAGAUAUGGAUUGUCGAAUGUCACAUGUCUGAGGAUAUUCGACCAUUCCGAUUCAAGGACACGAUCCUAUCUCGCAGAUUGGAAGGCUAGAACGACACCUGAUAUAAAAAUUCCUCAUCAAACGCACGAAAUAACUGUUGAAGCAGCUUUAGCAAGUGAUGCAGCAAGAUUAAUUACCGAUGCAGUGGAAAGUGCACCAGAUGAAUUCAAAAUAGAGCCUCAAUCGAUUGAAUGCGGUUCUGAUACGCCAUGGGAGAUUGGUGAAGAAUUUAUUAACCACUUGCUGACGAAUCCAAUAACGGGCAUAACUGGACAAAUAAAAGUCGACAACACUACCGGAGAAAGGACAAAUUUCAACGUUGAAAUUAUGGAACUCUCCAACAGUGGUUUUAAUAGGAUUGCUCAAUGGAAUGCCGAAGAAGGUUUCAAAUAUGCAAGAACCCCUGGCGAAGUAUCUGAUCUUUUAGCGGAAAAAUGGCAGAACAAAACUUUUAGAGUUGUAUCUCGCAUAGGAGCACCAUAUCUUGUUGAAAAAACGCCUAAAGAUGGGGAAGUGCUAGUUGGUAAUGAUCGUUAUGAGGGAUACUCAAAAGAUCUUAUACAUGAAGUUUUAAAAGAAACGCUGCAUCUCAAUUACGAGUUCGAAAUUGUACCAGGAAAUUUGUAUGGUUCUUAUAAUAAAGAAACUAAGAAAUGGGAUGGUCUAGUAGGUCAUCUUAUAGAAAGGAAAGCAGACCUGGCUAUUUGUGAUUUGACAAUAACCUACGAACGAAGAGCCGCCGUAGACUUUACGACUCCGUUUAUGACGCUGGGCAUCAGCAUUCUAUAUUCAAAACCUACACCACCGGAACCGGAACUCUUUUCUUUUCUGAAACCAUUUUCGGUAGAUGUUUGGAUUUACAUGGCUGCCGCGUACUUGAUGGUUUCGCUUUUCUUACAUAUUUUAGCUAGGCUUGCACCAAGUGAUUGGGAGAAUCCUCAUCCAUGUGACAAAUCUCCAGAAGAACUAGAAAAUAUUUGGCAUAUCAAAAAUUGUUGCUGGUUGACUAUGGGGUCGAUUAUGACACAAGGAUCGGAUAUUUUGCCGAAGGGCUAUUCUACAAGAUGGGUAUGUGGAAUGUGGUGGUUCUUCGCUCUCAUUAUGUGUUCAUCUUACACUGCCAAUCUUGCCGCUUUUCUUACCAAUGCUGCUAUGGACGAUUCCAUUAAGAGCGUAGACGAUCUAGCCAGUCAGACCAAGAUUAAAUAUGGGACAUUAAAAGGGGGUGCAACGUCGUCGUUUUUUAGGCGUUCAAAUGUCUCUACCUUCCAAAAAAUGUGGGCUGCAAUGGAGUCUGCCCGACCAUCAGUCUUUGUUAAGAAUAAUGAUGAGGGACUUGAAAGAGUCUUAAAGGGUAAAAGAUCUUAUGCAUUCCUAAUGGAGUCAACUGCAAUCGAAUAUCAACUGGAAAGACAUUGCGACUUGAUGCAAGUCGGCGGGCUACUUGACUCCAAAGGAUUUGGAAUUGCUAUGCCGUUUUCUUCCUCAUAUCGCACAGCAGUUGACAAUGCUGUAUUAAAAUUAGCUGAAAGUGGAAAAUUAGUUGAACUUAAAAAUCGCUGGUGGAAAGUACCAGAAGAUGAAGCAUGUGUUACAGAAGAAGCUACUGAAGAAGGAGCCAGUGCCGCUGAAUUAGGAGUUGAUAAUGUGGGUGGUGUGUUUGUUGUAUUAGGAAUAGGAUGUGGUAUGGCGGCAGCUAUGGGUGGUCUAGAGUUUCUUUGGCAUGUCAGAGAUGUAGCUGUUGAACAAAAGAUGACACCUUCAGAGGCUUUUUGGGCAGAAUUGACGUUUGCUUUAAGUUUCUGGGAGACGGAGAAGCCUGUUCAGCACGACCGUUCCUCAUCAUCGGGGUCCAAUUCAAAUAUAGCUUCAAGAGCAUCUUCGGUCAUCAGAUCAGCAGUAGACUUAUUUCACCUUGACGUUUUCAAUAAAUAGUUAAUUUUCACUAUAUUUAAUUAU